AUGCAAAAUCUGACUGAAUUUCCAAGCAAUCCCACAUCCAACAACAUCACAUCCAUCAUCCUAAAAGUGUGUGUGGUGAUCCCACUGUUCAGUGUUUUUCUCUACUGCAUUCUGCUGAUGCUGCAUACACUUGCCUCACACCGGCAAUUCUUUGAUAGUUCACGCUAUAUCCUGUUUGCCUACAUGCUGGUCAAUGACACACUGCAGUUACUCUCCUCUGUGCUGCUCUUUCUAUUUGUUAUGGGCAAUGUGAAAUUUGCCAUCAUCUAUUGUGCACCACUGCUCUUUGUCUCUGUUGCCACCUUUCAGAAUGGCCCACUAAUACUUGCUGCCAUGUCACUGGAGCGUUAUGUGGCAAUCUUCUACCCAUUGCACAGACCCAUCUCCUGGAGGCCUGAAAGAAUUUGGAUGAUUGCUUUGAGCUUGUGGAUUAUCAGUUGUGUCCCUCCUGCAGUCGAUUUCAUUCUGAUGCGCCCCAAUGUGCACUGGGAUGUCUUCACCACCCCAUUGGUCUGCAAAAUCACAGUCCUCAAUGGCUUGCCCAUCCAGGCUGUCUUCAAAGUGGCUGUGAAUGUACUCUUCUUUGCUGCAGUGGCUGUUAUUAUCCUUUUCACAUACAUUCGGAUCCUUCUGGAGACUCAAAAGAUGCGUCAGGACCGGGCCUCAGUAACCAAAGCCCUGCACACUGUGGUACUGCAUGGAUUUCAGCUACUUCUUAGCAUGAUGGUCUUCACAUUUCCCAUUACUGAAAACCUGAUUGUGCUGAAGAUCAGAUGGAAGCAGGAGCAUAUUCAAUUUUUCAACUACUUCUGCUUUGUGCUGCUGCCACGCUUUCUAAGUCCACUCAUUUAUGGCCUUAGAGAUGAGAGCCUGAGGAGCUACAUGAAAAAAGCCAUGCCUUGCUACAUUGCAACAUAA